AUGCAUUUUGAAGUGAUAUCCUUUUAUUUUCUCCUCUUCUCUUCCUCGCCUGGCCUCCAAUUGCCCGCGGUAUGUCCGGGGUAUCAGGUUCCUGCAACUCUCCAAUUAGUUACUCAAAACGUCCCUAAUGACUUCCUGACCGCAAAAGCUUAUAAUGGACCCGUAUUUCCUUUUGCCCUACCUAUUGCGCGCGCACAAUGGUCCGUUAGCCUUCUCUGCCUCUCUCACUCUCUCUCUCCCCCAUCCACCUUGCCCCGUUCAUUAGUGUGUUCGCCCCACACAGUGGCCCGCUCGUCCUUGCAUGCAUUUUCAAAUUUUCUCAAGGAAUUCAAAGUUUCAAAUCAGUUGUUUGAUUUUGGAAAACAGGACUGGAAAUCCAAAAAUUUCAAUGUUCUCUGGUUCGCGUUGUUUGGAAAAUUAUUUUGA